UAUCCCCUGUAUGGACACCUCUUUUAAAGGUGAAGAUCGCCAUAUUUUCGGAAAAUCACUGGAACAUUUUAAAGACAUUCUCAGUGUACAAGUUUGUGAGUUUUAGACACAACUAGAAAUAAUAUCGACGUUAAAAAUUGAAAAAAAUAAAUAAUGCCGGAAUCUUUAGCAGGAAUUCCACCUAUGGUAAUUGGAGGUAGCAUUAUAAGUGCUGUAUCGUUGAUUUUUCAUAUCAUAGGAUUUUCAACCACAUAUUGGUAUAAAGAACUGACUCCGGGAGUUGGCGUUGUACAUUUAGGACUAUGGAAAUCGUGUGGUCCAAUAUUAGGAGUGGAAAAAUGCUUUGACAUCGCAGAUGCCACAGUACAUAACUCUCACAUCAUAGCCACAGAAGUUCUGGAAUGUCUUGCCCUUGGAGCCUUCCUCGCAGCUAUGGCAUGUGCUUUCCUCAAGAUGUUUAUAUUGACGGAACAAGGCAUGUUGUUUGUUCUUACAGGAUUGCUCAACUUGAUGGCAGGAGUAUUUGCCUUGAUUGGAGUCAUUGUCUUCGCCACAACGUCAAGUGGGGGUUUUGCAAUGGAUUCGUCUAACUUGCACUACUCCUUCGGGUUAUGUAUUGUUGGUGGGAUAGGAGGAGUGUUCUCUGGUAUGGUAUUCCUACUAGCUUGGAGAUGGGUGAGAAACUGAGGAAGACAACAAGAUUGAAGAACUUUCUGUUCACAUGUCAUCUUUAUGAAAAUCAUCGAAAGAGAAUAUUCUAACUUUAACCGUUUGAUGUUGCGUUUUAUAAUUUUUAUAAUAUAUUACUAUUUUCAAUUUUUUCAGUCUUAGGUGUGUACGCCUGUCAUUGUGACAAAGCAGAUCGGAUGUUUUAAUGAUAUCUUUAUUCGAAUAACGAAUAGAAAAUUGUCUUAUCAACAUAAGAGAUAUGAUUAAAACAAUGGUAAAACUUAGAAAAAAGACAUCCGAAAGAUAUGAAAAACAUUUUGACAGUAGUAGACUCUAUAGUUCUCUGCAGCAUCAGAUUCCGUUGUUCUCAAAUACACCAGUAUCUGUUUUCGAUUUAGAUUUUAACUGACCCCUUAUGGACAGCAUCAUAAUGCCAAUACUUGACUCUUUCUUUGUUAACCUGUAUAUUCAUAUUUUGUUUACCCAACUGUUUGCGCGGCAUUGUAAAACCAUUAACCCUUUAUAAACCUUUAUAAUGGUUGCGUUUAAUCUUGAUACCAAUGUAUCCAGCUGUUCUUGGCAGAACUGGGUUCAGUUUUUCCUCACUAAAUCAAAUCAAUGAUAAACCGAUCAGUUCUUCUUUCUCUCCUCUUAUAAAUAAAAAAAACCCAAACACAUAACUGAUUUAUUUAUAGGUGAUGAAAUAAUCCGACCAUUGUUGGACACACGUUCAGAAAUUAAAAAAAAUAUUACAUAAUGUUUACAUCAAAGCUUAGAAAUAUGUAACAGUUUGUCAUUUUGUACUGUAGUACGACGCUUGACUAAAACUGAUGAGGAAAGGUAACACAAGGCCAA